AACCCAAUUCCGAUUCAAAAAAAAUUCGUUCAUUAUAAAGUGAGACUAAUAGGAAACCUUUAUCUUAAUUCAGUUUCUCGUCGUUCACAAAGUUGUUGAGACACAUUUUAUUAUUGAACAAAUAUGAAUCCAAAAUUAAUGUUCGGAGUAGUAUUUUUGAUUACUUUUGCAUUUUAUUCAACCUCUGCAAUACGGUGUUUCAGUUGUAGUAAUCCGUCAAGUUGUAAAAUACCAAAAUCAGUGGAAUGUAACAAAACUCAUGCUAUAGAAACUACACAAUAUCUCAGUAAUUUCUUUCAGAAUGUGAGUACGGAUGCGCUUGAUGUAGUUGUUGCUACGUGUAUGCAACAAGAAACGGAUACAAAAUAUGGAAAAAUUCAAUUUAAAGGAUGCAUUUAUACAGGCUGGCAAACUUGUAAUUACACCCUUAAACCUCAAUAUCAGCCUGGAGAUAAUUAUUUUUGUAACAUAUGCCAGAACCGCGAUGGAUGUAAUCCAGCAGACCGAAUGACCAUAAGUUUAAUUGCAAUUGUAUUGACCUCAGUUCUCGGUCUUAUUUCCAAGAUUUUAAUUUAAUGAGCAUGGUACUGAGUUAUGAAUAUCAUAAAAUGUUAUGGGUUUUAAGGAGGAUUUUAUGACAAUACAUUUAAUCAAACAUGUGCUUUCAAACAUGUA